AUGAGGAUAAUUUGCAGACAGCUUGUCUUGUUGUUUUCUGGCUUUUGGGGACUAGCAAUGGGAGCUUUUCCUAGCAGCGUCCAAAUAGGUGGUCUCUUCAUCAGGAACACAGAUCAGGAAUAUACUGCUUUUCGAUUAGCAAUUUUUCUUCAUAACACCAGCCCCAAUGCAUCCGAAGCACCUUUUAAUUUGGUUCCUCAUGUAGACAACAUUGAAACAGCUAACAGCUUCGCUGUAACAAAUGCCUGUAAGUAA